UGCGCGGUGGGGAGGAAUGCUGAGGAGAGGCCAGGGUAUUUCUGGCCUGAUCGCGGUCCGGUUUUAGAGGAAAGGGAGGAGCCUGGGGGCGGGGCCUGGGGAGAGACCCUCACCUCCCGCAUCCGUGACCGGCGGUCGGUCCCAGACCCCUCCCUUCCCCUUCUGGCCCAGGUUCCGGCUCUCGCUUCGCCCUCCCGGCAUGUUGAAGGGCAUUAGAAGCUUGGUCUUUACUGCUUAGUGAACCUGCCCUCAUCGUGGCCCUCGAGGCCGGCUUGGCUUCCUGAUCUCGAUCCCUGGAGCUCCCAAAGCCUCCGCAUCUCGGGUAAGAUCAAGUCGGGGAUGCUCUCAUAAUGAAUGUCAACCAAUCAGCUCCACCUGUUCCACCAUUUGGGCAGAACCAGCCCAUCUACCCAGGGUAUCAUCAGUCCAGUUAUGGUGGGCAACCAGGACCUGCAGUACCUGCUGCUCCUUAUGGGGCCUACAAUGGCCCAGUGCCAGGCUAUCAGCAGACACCUCUCCAAGGUGUGCCGAGAGCCCCACCUUCCUCAGGGGCACCUCCAGCCUCAACAGCGCAGGCCCCCUGUGGUCAGACAACAUAUGGCCAAUUUGGUCAAGGUGAUAUACAGAAUGGGCCAAGCUCCGCAGCUCAGAUGCAAAGGCUCCCGGCAGCGGCAUCGGCGUCUCAGCAGUUUGGGUCCCCAUUGGCCCCUGUGGUCAGCCAGCCAGCUGUGCUUCAGCCCUAUGGCCCUCCCCCAACAAGUACACAGGUGACCGCACAGCUGGCCGGAAUGCAGAUCAGUGGUGCUGUGUCCCAAGCCCCUCCCUCUUCUGGGUUGGGCUAUGGUCCACCAACAUCAUUGGCCUCAGCCUCAGGAAGUUUCCCUAAUUCUGGUCCCUAUGGCUCCUAUCCUCAGAGCCAGGCUCCUUCCCUUAGCCAGGCUCAAGGUCAUCCUGGAGUCCAGCCUCCCCUGCGAUCUGCCCCACCACUGGCUUCCAGCUUCACAUCCCCAGCUUCAGGUGGUCCUCGGAUGCCUUCCAUGACUGGCCCACUCCCGCCUGGACAGGGCUUUGGGAGUCUCCCAGUGAACCAGCCCAACCACGUGUCCUCGCCUCCUGCUCAUGCUCUGCCCCCAGGCACCCAGAUGACUGGGCCCCCAGUACCACCACCGCCUAUGCACUCCCCUCAGCAGCCGGGCUAUCAGCUGCAGCAAAAUGGUUCCUUUGGACCAGCCCGAGGCCCUCAACAUAAUUAUGAGAGCCCAUACCCUGGAGCGUCUACCUUUGGCAGUCAGCCUGGGCCUCCUCAGCCACUGCCUCCUAAGCGCCUGGACCCUGAUGCCAUCCCCAGCCCUCAACUUAAUGAGCUGCCUCCUCAGCAGAAAACCAGGCACAGAAUAGACCCUGAUGCCAUUCCUAGUCCAAUUCAGGUUAUUGAAGAUGAUAGGAACAACCGGGGUUCAGAGCCAUUUGUUACUGGUGUACGGGGACAGGUGCCACCCUUAGUCACCACCAACUUCCUGGUGAAAGACCAAGGGAAUGCAAGUCCCCGGUACAUUCGAUGCACAUCUUAUAAUAUCCCUUGCACAUCUGACAUGGCUAAGCAGGCUCAGGUGCCUCUGGCGGCUGUCAUCAAGCCACUGGCAAGGCUGCCCCCAGAGGAGGCUUCACCGUAUGUUGUGGACCAUGGCGAAUCUGGCCCUCUGCGCUGUAAUCGCUGCAAAGCAUACAUGUGCCCUCUCAUGACGUUCAUCGAGGGAGGGAGGCGCUUCCAGUGCUCCUUUUGCAGCUGUAUCAAUGAUGUUCCCCCCCAGUAUUUUCAACAUCUGGAUCAUACCGGCAAACGUGUGGAUGCUUAUGACCGUCCUGAGCUGUCCCUGGGCUCCUAUGAAUUCUUGGCCACUGUAGAUUACUGCAAGAACAAUAAGUUCCCCAGUCCGCCCGCCUUCAUCUUUAUGAUUGAUGUCUCCUACAACGCCAUCAGGACUGGUCUGGUUCGGCUCCUCUGUGAGGAGCUCAAGUCCCUCUUAGACUACCUGCCGAGGGAGGGUGGAGCAGAAGAGUCAGCAAUCCGAGUUGGCUUUGUCACCUACAAUAAAGUGCUCCACUUCUACAAUGUGAAGAGCUCCUUGGCUCAGCCACAGAUGAUGGUUGUAUCUGAUGUGGCUGACAUGUUUGUGCCACUGCUGGAUGGCUUCCUGGUCAACGUCAAUGAGUCCCGGGCAGUUAUCACCAGCUUAUUGGAUCAGAUCCCAGAAAUGUUUGCAGAUACAAGAGAGACAGAGACAGUAUUUGCCCCCGUUAUCCAGGCUGGGAUGGAAGCUCUGAAGGCUGCCGAGUGUGCAGGAAAGCUGUUUGUGUUCCACACAUCCUUGCCCAUUGCAGAGGCCCCAGGGAAGCUGAAGAACAGAGAUGACAGGAAGUUGAUCAACACAGACAAGGAGAAGACUCUGUUCCAGCCUCAGACAGGUACCUAUCAGACUCUGGCCAAAGACUGUGUGGCCCAAGGCUGCUGUGUGGACCUCUUCCUCUUCCCUAACCAAUAUGUGGAUGUGGCUACACUCUCUGUUGUUCCCCAGCUCACUGGAGGCUCUGUCUACAAAUAUGCCUGCUUUCAGGUGGAGAAUGACCAGGAACGGUUCUUGAGUGACCUGCGGCGGGAUGUACAGAAGGUGGUUGGCUUUGAUGCUGUGAUGCGGGUUCGGACAAGCACUGGUAUCCGUGCUGUAGAUUUCUUUGGAGCUUUCUACAUGAGCAACACAACAGAUGUGGAGUUGGCUGGACUGGAUGAGGACAAGACAGUGACUGUGGAGUUCAAGCAUGAUGACCGGCUCAAUGAAGAGAGUGGAGCCCUCCUGCAGUGUGCCCUGCUUUAUACCAGCUGUGCAGGGCAGCGUCGGCUCCGCAUCCACAACCUGGCCCUAAACUGCUGCACCCAGUUGGCUGAUCUCUAUCGGAACUGUGAGACUGACACGCUCAUCAACUACAUGGCCAAGUUUGCGUACCGGGGUGUUCUGAAUAGCCCUGUGAAGACUGUCCGAGACACGCUCAUCACCCAGUGUGCUCAGAUCCUGGCCUGUUACAGAAAGAACUGUGCCAGCCCUUCCUCUGCAGGACAGCUGAUCCUUCCUGAGUGUAUGAAGCUCCUCCCAGUUUACCUGAACUGUGUGUUGAAGAGUGAUGUCCUGCAGCCUGGAGCUGAGGUCACUACUGAUGACCGCGCCUACGUUCGACAGCUGGUUUCCUCCAUGGAUGUAGCUGAGACCAAUGUCUUCUUCUACCCUCGGCUCCUACCACUGACAAAGUCUCCCAUGGACAGUACCACUGAACCACCAGCAGUUCGAGCGUCUGAAGAGCGUUUAAGCAGUGGCGAUAUAUAUUUGCUGGAAAACGGGCUCAACCUCUUUGUCUGGGUUGGGGCAAGUGUCCAACAAGGUGUUGUCCAGAGCCUUUUCAACGUCUCCUCCUUCAGUCAGAUCACCAGUGGCUUGAGUGUUCUGCCAGUUCUUGAUAAUCCACUGUCCAAGAAGGUUCGAGGCCUCAUCGAUAGCUUACGGGCACAGAGAAUGCGGUACAUGAAGCUUAUCGUGGUGAAACAGGAAGACAAGUUGGAGAUGCUGUUCAAGCACUUCCUGGUGGAAGACAAGAGCCUAAGUGGAGGUGCAUCCUAUGUGGACUUUCUGUGUCAUAUGCACAAGGAGAUUCGGCAGCUACUGAGCUAAAGCAAGUGGGUAAAUGGUAUAGGGUCCCAGGCCAGCUUCCAGAAAGUACCCCAGGAUGGCAGAGAAAAUUGGGACAGUUCCCUAUCUUAUGAGUCAUGUAAGCUGACCUCAGUCUCUUUAGGGGGGAGGGCAAGAUAUAAGGAGACACCUUCUUUCUGGGCUCAAAUAUCCUACCACUCUGUCAUGUCCUGCUGAUGGAAGGUGCCCUGGUCCCUUCCUCUACCCUCUCUCCUGCUAAUCCUGUUGUAAUGAAUGUAGUUUAUCAGUUCACUGUAUAUGAUCCGGUGUUGGGGGUUUGGAGGCAGCGAGACUCUGGGCGUCCCUUUGGACCAGCCUCCAAGAGGAAGGGGGCAGGCAAGAAGGAGUGGGAAUCCCAGGGCUAUUACAGGAGGUGGCAAAUUCAGCUCGGUGUCAUCAACAACUUCCUAUAUUAGGGAUAAAAUAUACAGGUGCACAAGAGCUGGGG